UGGAUUCUGGAACCCAAGACCCGGAGCAUGGAUCAAAGAUGUCAGGGCUUGAAUAUGAAACUCGGAGCACGGAGCAUUGAUUCUGCAACAUAAAAUCAGGAACCCGGAUCGUGGAUCCUGGAACACAAAACUCUGAGUACGUAGUUCACAGCAUAACGCUCAAAACCCGGAUUAUAGAGAAGUCUGCAGCGAUGGGGUCUGAAGCUAGGAACGCAAAACGAGGAGCCCGGAUUUCGGACCGGGCGUGAGCGAGACGCGGGAGCCGCAGCGAGGAGGGAGGUGAGCACUACUGGCGCAGUGGAAGGCACCAUCACCACGGUUCUCAUCACCAUCAUCUCCGCGGCUUUGCUCAUCGCCGGGAACUGCGCACGCGUCAUCAGCUCCCGCGGGGACGGCUCGGAUUGUCGAGGUCAUGGCCGCGAGUCGCCCCCUCCGCCCGGGAGUCUGGGUCAGCCUCCUCCUCGUCCCCACAUUCCUCCUCCUCCUCACGAGCGGACACCCGGCGCUGUGCAUCGAGGUGGUGUCACCGUCUGUGAUGCGCAAUCUGAACGGCAGUAACGUGACGCUGCCCUGCACCCUGGUCUCGUGCUACACGAUGGACUCGAAGCUCAUCAACGUGCACUGGUUCUACUCCGAGAACGCGACCUCCAAGCGGAUCUCCCUGUUCUCGAUGGUGAAGGGGAGCCCGAGCUACGUGGUGUCAAACCAGUUCCGCGGGCGCCUGGAGUGGAGCGGGGACGUGCGCCGCGGCUCCGCCUCGCUCGAGCUGCUGCGCGCCCGGAUCGACGACAGCGGCGUCUACAACUGCAGCGCACGCCACCUCACCGACAAGCGCAAGCUGGGGUUCAGCACCAUGAAGCUCAUCAUCCUCACUGAGAUCCCACGCGAGGAUAAGACGCUGGUGAUCCUGGUGGGGGGCUGCGUGGGGGGCGCCGUGGGUCUCGCGCUGCUGGCGUGCAUCACCUGCAAGCUCGUGAACAUCGCGCGGGCACGCGGCUCACCCGACAACAAGAAGGACCCCCUCGUGAAUUCAUCCCCGCAGCACCAGGCAGGGGACCGUGGCGGAAUCGACACUCAUGAGCAACAGGGGGAGGGAGAGCGCGGGGAGGAAGCCGGCCUGGCGGGAGCGGGGGAGGCUGCUGCGGGGGGCGGCAGGGGGAAGGUGUCCAGUGCCUGAACCCCUGCGGCCACCUCCCCACCCCCCAACGGCCCCCUCCACCUUUGUGAACCCCACCCUCCCCCCCGUCCUCAUCUUUACCCCAGUCCCACACGGCAACCGCGGCCUGUCCCUGAGAGUCGCGAUACUACGCUCGGGGAAGGAUUAGCGCAGGGGGCGAAGAUCCUACCGGCCCACGGGCCCAAACACGGCCCGCGACUUCAUUUCAUACGGCCCACGGCGGCCACAAUGAGGCCUUUCACUUCGAAACAGAUGUCCAUCUGCCACUGCAAGGAUGUUAGCCGUGCUGAUCGGGGCCCAGAGUGGAGAAUAUUUUCGAUCGGGCAACAAAGCGGUUUCUGAUUUUUGCUCCGCACUCAGUCACCGGUUGUCUCGCGAGUAUUUCUGCGCCUGCACAGUUGCGUGUACUUCCUAGCAGCGUCACAGCACAGUGUCAGCCACUGUGCGAUUCACCGCCACAGGGGAAGGCAUUGGAAAGUCGCAAUCGUUUGAGGGCCACCGUUGUCACGGGCAGCAAGUUUGCCGUGCCCCACUGCGGCAACUUGGUCGGGCUGUGGCGUAGUGUCAAUGUCUUGCCCAUGGCAGCAGAGUUUGUUGUCAGAGUGCGAUUGGCAGGCCGAGCGUGCUCACGUCGCCUCUGGCUGCGAUCUGAUGUGCGGUUGCUCAUCCCAGCUGCUGCCGAUCGGAGCGGGCGGCAUCGAUUAGAUUCGCAGAUUUUGGCGGCUUAGAUGUUCCGCCGGGUCUGUCCGGAUUGGCGACCCGAGAAAUAUGUACACGCCCGGCACACCGCAUCCAGUAUACCUCUCGAUAAGGGCUGUGGAUUCUGGUCACGCGAUGUCUACGCCGAUCUAACCAACGACCUGGGAUAAGAAAUGCUCGGUGCUGUUACACAGGGCUCCAGGAGAGGCACAAACCCAAGGUUGAACUCGCAGUGCAACCCGUGGAUUCGGGUGGAUUCGGAGGGGGGCAACCCAAGCCCGCAUCCAUGCCUGAGGCAUUGUGCCUAGAUCUGAUAUUUGACUGAGUCCAGACUGGAGUUGCGAGAGGGUUGGUUGCGAGGGGGUGCAGGAGGGUGGGAGUCGUUGCUGAAGGGAGGCAGGGUGCAGGCAGUGUGCAGAGAAGGUAUACCCAUUGCAUGAUGUGAGGUUUGCUAGUAGCGGCGUGAGGCGUGUGGUGUAAUCGCGACUGUAGUCUACAUGCCGCUGACGAUGCUGUUGAUGAUGAUGAUAGUGAAUAAUCAGCUAUGAAUUUGAAAUAAUUCUGAAGCCCAACAAAUAUGAGGAAACAUGCCCAAAAAAAUGUUUUCUCAUGUAUGUUCCAGGAUACGUGAUUUAUGCAUGUACGUUCCCAGACACGUCCCGGUAAAUAUGCCAACGUCAGCCCAACGUUGCAUGUUUACGGAUGAUCCCAGAUACAUGUGCCCUCACGUAUGUUUACAGAUACAUGUUUCCAGAUACAUGUCAACAAAAUACGUUUCCUCGUGUCCGUCGCCAGAUACAAGUCUCCCGCCAAAAUAUUCAUCUUGAAUGUUUCCAGAUUCAAGUUUCCCGCCAAAAUGUUUCCUCGUGUUCGCCGGAUGUUUCCGUGUCGCUAGAAACGAGGCGACCCAUCUCUUGACAAUGUAGUUCCUUGAUAAUUCAUUUCCCUGACAACUGUUGAGGGAAAUCUUUUUUGUGGAACCAGACUUGUGUGUGUUUCCCUCGUGCACACAUCGGGUGUAACGCCGUCACUCCAUUUAAUUAGUGCUGGGGGGGGGGGGGGGGGUUAAUUGGUGACCGGACAGAUGAGGGAUUAUCUGGAUCCAUAUCAUUUGAGGGAAGACUUUUUGAGGCCAUUGGCUCGUGGUGGGGCCCACGUUGGCACUCGUGGUUGGAACCAUUGGGACCAACCGCUGGCCCAACUUUGGUCAGAACGGUUCCACGUUCACUGGAAGUCGGGCCGUCGUAACGAUUCGUGGGGAGGUGUAACACAUCUGGAUUGAAGAUGCCCCCACCACAAACUUCAUCAUGGGAGGGGGGCAAUCCAUGUGACGAGCCCCCCUACCAGAUUGGCGAUGCAGCCUGCUCAUGGCAACUUCAGAAUCAUUCCCACACGCGUGUGCUCCUUCGGCCACUGUCGCUGUUUCCGCGUUGUGCUGCGUCGCUCCGCUCAUUUUACCCAGAGCCGGUUUUAAUGUUUCACGGUUUUAACGUUUCACUCUUUAACUCGGAGCCGUGUUUUAAGGUUUUAUCUGCACCGCUGGUUUCUAUGUUUUUAAUCGGAGCGAAUUCCACGGUCGUACGGCCUUUGCACGGACGUGUGCGCGUGUCUCUCUCACACACACCGAUCAAUCUCACCAGCGAACACAGUAACCAAGCAGACACCAACACGCCUUCAUCACAUAUAUCACGUCCCUCCACAUAACCAACAUACAUAAGUAUUUAUUUUGAUACCACAUCAGCCGCACCACGCGGCCCUUCCUUGUGGCAGCGCAUAAUUCCAACAGAUGUCACCACUCUGGACCCGUUUCGAAUAUCGUUGCCUCGUCAGCAGCCGUGGCUUGCUCGAACCACUGCUGGCGAACCAUCACUUGUUGAUAGGCAAGGGGCUCCCAGUUCGAUGUUGGGCUUCGACUCGCUCGCGCGUGCCGCUUGUUCCACGACGUCCGUGUCGCCGUACAUGUCUACGUACAUGUAUACGUACAUGUCUACGUACAUGUAUACGUACAUGUCGCCGUACGUGUCGCCGUACAUGUCUACGUACGUGUCGCCUUACGUGUCGCCGUACAUGUCGCCGUACAUGUCUACGUACAUGUCGCCGUACAUGUCGCCGUACAUGUCUACGUACAUGUAUACGUACGUGUCGCCGUACGUGUCUACGUACGUGUCGCCGUACGUGUCGCCGUACAUGUCGCCGUACGUGUCUACGUACAUGUAUACGUACGUGUCGCCGUACGUGUCUACGUACGUGUCUACGUACACGUCUACGUCCAUGUCGCCGUACAUGUCGCCGUACGUGUCUACGUACAUGUCUACGUACGUGUCGCCGUACGUGUCUACGUACAUGUCUACGUACAUGUCUACGUACGUGUCGCCGUACGUGUCGCCGCGCGCUUUAUGGGUGCGGGAAGAGGCUACACGGUGUCCUCGCGGUCCGGAUGUUUCAAUGGAUCGAUCCCCCUACCGCUCACGAACACAACACGGCUAGCGGACAACAGCAGGAGGAUGCCUCCUUCCCGGGGACCGUCUCCACGUUCACGACUGGAGGACAUUCGUCUUUUUAUUUACAUUUCAUUCAUCUGUGGCGCUCUUCUGGAAUAGAUCUGCCAUGCAAGUGGUAACUGUUCCACAUCGAACGAUUUUCUGAUGGAUACAAAUGACGUUUUCGUGUCAUGCUGAGUUAGCCCAAGCAGAGUGACGACGUUGGACAAGGAGACGAACAGACAGCUGCUGGACACGACUGAGACAUGUUUUUACUGAAUCUCGUGACAAUUCAGUGCCACUGAGCGCGUGACCUCGGGGGCAUUGGAGGAGGAGGGGGGAAUCCUUCCCCUCCACCGUCUGAGACGUGGUUUUUAAUUUCGGUGAUAUUUACCAGAGAAAAUGCGUGGAAUGGUUUAAGUUAAUUCACGUGUGUCCAUAUUUAAAACGCUAGAUGUUUAAAAGACCGAAUAUUCCCACAACCUCAAUAGAGAGUACUUAAUGAUUGACACUUAUUUGAGCAACAACACAAAACAGACUUGGAACCCGGCGUUAAUGUUGUGUGUCCCGCACCUCUGAUUCGCACGGGUGGCUACGUACGGUGCGAAAGAAGUUCAUCCUACAUAUAUACCGUACGUGUCGGUAUGUGUCAGUAUGUGGGGAGCGGUAGUGUAGCAGUUAGCGCACUGCAAUACGAA